AUGGCUGACGAUGGCUAUCGCCCUCGUCCACCUCAAGAUGAGGAACUUCGAAAUGCGAUUGAACGCUUGGCUGUAUUCGUUGCGAAAAAUGGUCCGGACUUUGAAAAGAUGACGAUCGAAAAGCAAGAAGGGAAUCCCAAAUUUGCGUUUCUUUAUGGUGGUCCUUUUAACGAGUACUACCGUUUCUGCGUUGAUAUGGAGAUCCAAAAAAUUCGUGGUGGUCCUCCGCCUCAUCCGCCCCUACCUCAUCCCGGAAAUGGUUGUCUUGGCCCGCCACCUCCUGUCGAAUCUGAAAUUAUUCGAAGGAUGAACUCUCAGAAGGAACAGCUCAAACAACAAAUUACUGACAGCGAGAGGAAUUUGAAAGCUCACCAUGACUCAAUCCCCGCAAUGAAGGAGGCACAAGUGGCGCAAGCAGUGCUGCUUUCGGAGUCUCAGAAAAUGACACAAAUUCUUGCCAACGUCAAUUUCGAUGUCAGUCCGCUUGGAGCUAUUUUGGAUCAACUCAAUGCUGGAAAGUGUUCAAAAGAUCUCGUUUCGACUAGUCGGAAGUGGAUAUUUGAGCACUGUCAGACUGAUCAGCUUCGUGAAGUUGUUCUUACUUAUCUUUUGAGCAGAGUGAAGGAUUCUCAGGCUAAUGACAACUUCCGACUGAACAUUCUUUAUGUUAUCAAUGAUUGGGCAUAUCAAUGUCAGCGAAAACGCUUGGAUUCGCAGACCCAGAUGCUGUCUCGUUAUGUACCUCAGAUGUACGCCUUUACUGUGGAGUUAUCCACGGACGGUCUUAUGCAGCAGAAAUUGGACAAGCUCAUUGGAGUUUGGGAAGGUCACAAAUACUUCAAUGAUCAGUGUUUUAAGCAGCUUCGAAAUCCUGGCCAAAUUUAUUCUUCUGCAAAAGCUGUGCAGGCAGCAGAAUAUGCUAAGGGAAUUAAUCUGGCAGCUGAUAUAGAGGUCAACUUACAAACCAUGUAUUCUGGUUACGAACAACAACAUAAGAACUACGUGCAACACAUUAUGCAACAGAUUGCUCAAAUCGAUAUGCAAAUCGAAUCUGAGAAGGACCGUGCUAGAGGUGCCAUUCCAUCGCUGCUGAGCGGAAUGGCACGGGAGCCGCCUCCAUUGCCUGGGCCAGGUCCGGGUCCAGGGCCAGGUCCAGGUCCCGGAGUAGGCGUGCGACGGUCACGAUUCGAUCAGCAACCUGGCCCCAUGCCAAGCAAACCACAAGAGGACUAUGGGCAGUUUUUUGCUCCUCCUCCUAGAGCAGCUCCUAAGCAAGGAUGGAUAAAAGAGGAAAAUGUUCCUGAUGGCGACGAUAUUGACGGUCAUCCUUUCAACGAAGAGGAUCUGAUCCCAAGUGCUAAAUAUUACGAACUUCCUGCUGGCAUCAUGAUUCCGCUCAUCGAAAUUGAACAGUUCUCGUACAACGCCAUUGUUCCUGAUAAGCUGAGAAUGCCUCCUCCUGUUCCUCCUUCUCAGAGGCUUCUUAGUGCAUUAGACGAGUUCUACAGUGCAUCUCUUGAUCCGAGCAGAGAGCCGCCACUGGCUGCCUGGGGUCGUGGAGGAUGCUCGGAGUUCAUGGAACGGAAGCAAAGUUUGAAAAAGAUACUGGAAGAAAAGUUGAAGAGCGAAAACAAAACAAUAAGUGAUCUCGUCGAAAAUAGACCAACUGAAGAGGAACUAAGAAUUGUGCAAGACGAUAUCAAUGCUGAAAUAAAGCGGAAGUAUGAAGAGAUGAGAAGAAAUGCGUUGGCUAAUGAAGAGAAAGAAAAACGUGAUUCAUCAUCACCGCAAUCCCCAGCGAAGCGAAAGGAUCGUGGACGUUCGCGGCGCAGCCGCAGCAGUUCGUCGUCUUCGUCUUCCUCGAGGUCCUCUAGAUCGAGUUCAUCUUCUUCGACUGGAUCUAGCACCUCCUCCCGUUACCGCUCAAGAAGUCGUUCGUAUUCUCCAAGAAAAAGAUCUCGCUCACGAUCACGCUCUUUAUCUCCUGGUGAUCGGGCUUCAUUUUCCUCAAGGCAUCGAUCACCUUCUCCUCCGUCAUUUGGUGAUUCAUCGCGGUUCCGUAUGCCUGCGGCUCCUCUUUCUGGCACUAACAAAGGAGCUCAGCUCAUGCAAAAAAUGGGUUGGAGCGGCACAGGAUUAGGAGCUUCUAAGCAAGGGAUUGUUGAACCCAUUGGUGGUGGCGAGGUACGUGAUAGGCAAGAUCAGUAUCGUGGGUUGGGUAGCACUGUGGAUCCUUACGAACAGUAUAGGAAACAACGAAGUGGCAGUUACCAUGACAGGAAUCAAGCCAACUUUGUGAUGAGGGAGAAGACCACUUCAGAUCGAUAG